CCUCAAGAAACGCCUCCACACAUUCACAAUGGCUUCACGACCUGUUGCUCGAGCUCUGCGCCAAACUGCCCGGCAAUUGGCCGCGCCCGCCGUCCAGAGGCGCACUUUCGUCUCGGCUCUGAGCGCUGCUCGAGCUGGUGCGGCAGCUACCCCCAAGGCCGCCGUUACCUCGACGUUCCAGCAGGCCCGCGGUAUCAAGACGAUUGACUUCGCCGGGACCAAGGAGACUGUUUAUGAGCGAGAGGAUUGGCCGAGGGAAAAGCUCUUGGACUACUUCAAGAAUGAUACCCUUGCCCUCAUCGGCUACGGCUCGCAGGGCCACGGCCAGGGUCUUAACCUCCGCGACAACGGCCUGAACGUCAUUAUCGGUGUGCGCAAGAACGGUGCCUCGUGGAAGGAGGCCGAGCAGGAUGGCUGGGCCCCUGGAAAGAACCUGUUCGACAUUGAUGAGGCUAUUGGCAAGGCUACCAUUGUCAUGAACCUGCUCUCGGAUGCUGCGCAGUCCGAGACCUGGCCCGCUAUCAAGCCGCUGCUGACCAAGGAGAAGACGCUCUACUUCUCCCACGGUUUCUCCCCGGUCUUCAAGGACCUCACCAAGGUCGACGUCCCCAAGGAUAUCGACGUCAUCCUCGUUGCCCCCAAGGGUUCCGGCCGUACCGUCCGCACUCUCUUCCGUGAGGGCCGUGGUAUCAACUCCUCCGUCGCCGUCUUCCAGGACGUGACCGGCAAGGCCAAGGAGAAGGCGGUCGCGCUGGGUGUUGCCGUCGGCUCCGGCUACCUCUACGAGACCACCUUCGAGAAGGAGGUGUACUCCGACCUCUAUGGCGAGCGUGGCUGCCUGAUGGGCGGCAUCCACGGCAUGUUCCUCGCCCAGUACGAGGUCCUCCGCGAGCGCGGCCACUCCCCGUCCGAGGCCUUCAACGAGACCGUCGAGGAGGCUACCCAGUCGCUGUACCCGCUCAUCGGCGCCAACGGCAUGGACUACAUGUAUGCGGCCUGCUCGACCACCGCCCGCCGCGGCGCCAUCGACUGGAGCAAGCGCUUCAAGGACACCCUGAAGCCCGUCUUCAACGACCUGUACGACUCCGUCAAGAACGGCACCGAGACUAAGCGAUCGCUCGAGUUCAACUCGCAGCCCGACUACCGCGAGAAGUACAAGAAGGAGUUGCAGGAGAUUGACAACCUGGAGAUCUGGCGGGCUGGCAAGGCUGUCCGCUCCCUGCGCCCGGAGAACCAGAAGUAGAUGGGCUGAGGGAGGGGAUGGUGGAGUGGAUUGUGUAGAUAUGGCUUUCCUCUAUCGGCACUUGGCGUCGGAACUUCUUCGAGCUUUUUGGCGCGGAUCGUUUGCUAUGGCUGAUUUCUUUGGUACUUACUACAGUCGAAAAGUCGGCCUUUCGAAAAGCAAAUGAUACCUUAUUUUGAC